AUGGCCUCAAAUAGUCGCUCGAUGGAGUCCAGGACGGGAAGAAGCAAGCAGCGCUACAACUCGAAAGGCGAGCGGCUAGUUGCCGGGGUCGUCCCCUUGACGGCGGAUAAGUCGUGGGUGCUUCUCAUCCAGUCAACGCGCAGGAAAGGAUGGGUCCUGCCGAAAGGCGGAUGGGAGAGCGACGAGGAAUGUACCGAUGCAGCGGCGAGGGAAGCCUGGGAGGAGGCCGGCAUCGUCAUACAGAUCGACUACGACCUGGGCGAGAUUGUCGAGACGAGGGCGCCCAAACCUUCCUCGAAACCGUCUAAAAAGCGGGAGAAGGCGCUGUAUCGGUUCUACGAAGCCACAGUUCUGAGCGAAGAGAAGGAUUGGCCCGAGAAGGACAAGAGGCAGCGGCAGUGGAUGACGUACGUUCAGGCUCAUGAGGCCCUCAAGGAACGACCCGAGCUCCAGGAGGCCCUGAGUCGCUCGACUAUGAAGAGGUAA